AGGAAAUGAACAAGUUUUCUUCAAAUCUGUAAUCUCUAAAGCUGAAUCGAACCAUCACUCCCAGUCCCAGUGGGGCCUCCGAUUCACGACGGAAGGAAACUGUUCAGAAUCUCCUUUCGCAGAAAGAUAAAAAAAAGCUGAAGCAAAAUCGAGUCUUGCUCUAGUCAAAUUGAAAUCAACCCUUUGCUUCUUGUGUGUGUGUGUCUGUUGUCUCUUGAUUCGCCUUCUUCAUCUCCGAAACUAGUCUUUCAAGAAUUUAGGAUCAAAGCUGCGUGAUGGACUACGAAUCGUUUGAUAGCAGCGGAACAGAUGAUGAUCUUCCUCCAUCGCAUAGGGUGGUUCCACGAGGAGGGAGUAGUGUGUCUACUAAUGGAAGACCUUCGACUCUUCCUCCAUCUCACAUGUAUGACCAAGUUGCUGCUGAUAUGGAAGCUCAGAUUCACCAUGUUGAGAAGGAAGCAUACUUCUCUCUUCUCAGAGCCUUUAGAGCACAAGCAGAUGCAAUCACUUGGGAAAAAGAUGGUCUAAUAACUGAAAUGCGUAAAGAGUUGAGAGUAUCACAUGAGGAGCAUAGAGAGCUUCUUGCUCGUGUAAACGCAGAUGAUACUAUACGAAGGAUAAGGGAAUGGAGACAAUCUGGAGGAGUGCAACGCUAUGCUGCUCAAGUGGUUCACGAUACGUUGCCAAGCCCUUCAGCUUCAGCUUCUAUUAAGAGGCACAAACCAAACCAGCCAAUUCCCUCUCAACCAUUCGCCAGUUCUUCACCUCCUCAAGCUGAUCCCACUCACCAGUUUGCUUCAUGGACAGCUAAACGAGGAUUAGUUCCCAAUGUCAAGGACAAAAAGCAUAAACCAGUUUUACCUGGUUCGUCUUCCUUAAAACCCAUCCCUUACCAUCCUCUGGAUCAACCUCCACGAGGACAAGUCAUGAACAACAGAUUACCAUCUGUUCCUACCAGUUCAAGUGAACCAGCAAAAGGAAGUGGACCUGAGUCUUUUGUAGGAAGAAGAGUUAGAACAAGGUGGCCAGAAGACAAUGCAUUUUACGAGGCUGCCAUCACCAAGUAUGAUCCAGUUGAGGGUCGACAUGCUUUAGUUUAUGACAUUGGAACACGUAAUGAGACAUGGGAAUGGGUUAAACUCGCAGAGAUAUCUCCUAGGGAUAUUGAGUGGAUAGGAGAGGAUCCUGGGGUCUGUAAUCGAUAUGGCCUGAACAGAACCACAGGACCCAACAAUGUUCCACAACGGGGAAGCGGUUUGGCUAAGACCACUAUCAAAAACGAUCUCAGAACAUCACAGAAUGGAGCUGGGAAAAGGAAACAUGUCGAUAUACGAAUCCGUCCGACCAAUGUCCUAAUCAGAGAGGUGGAGAGAGUUCUUGGUUCGCACAAUCCAGAUCCUCAAGAGGUUGAAAUGGCUAAGAGAGUUUUGGAGGAACAAGAACAUGCGCUUGUGGGUGCAAUAACAAAGCUUGGAGAUAUAUCCAAUGGAGAGAAUGUUUUGCCAAGGCACAGUGCAAUGCAGACCAUGAGGAGCUGAUGAAGAAGAAGAAAACAUUGGUUGAGAUGGAAAGACAGAGUCUCGACUUCUUUGAUGUUUUGCCUUUUCUUUGUAUCCGACUUGUAAUUUUUGCUGACGUUAGAGAUUAAGUUUACCCAAAUGUUGGGAUAAUAUGUUCAAUGGAACGGUUUUAGCAUCUUG